CUUCGUAAAGACAGCACACAGCAGUACAUGUGCAUUUGAGAAGGAGGACUUCUUAAAGGGCAGAGUUAUCCUUCCACACAUACACAUGUGGCCUCAUUAUUGAUAUCCCUUAGAAAGGUACAAAAUGGCAGCUGCCAGAGUGACAAUGGCUGCUUUAAGGACAACAAAUGAUGACCUGGAUGACUACAGUGCUUAUGCACACAUGUCUGAAGAACAGCUGUUGCAGUUAGCUAUUGAACGAAGUCUAGCUGAUACCAAUAUGACUCCGUGGCAGAAUCGGCAAUUCCAUGCCCACACACAACUAAAUGCCCCCUUAGCUACACGACGGCCACCAUGCAACCCUAACCAAACAAUUAUAUCUGUUGCUGCCUCUGCAAACCCUCCCAGUGAGAAAUCAAACAUCAACAGAGAUACAAGAAACCAUAUUUUCAUAGAAGGCAAAGACAAAGUGAUUGCCUGGACAGGGUACAAUGGACACCUACGGGUCACAGUGGAGACUAUGAAUGAUUUAGACCCCUUUCUCUCAGCCAUUUGGAAAGGGGAUGCAAAGGCUUUAAAAAAUAUCAUUCAUUCCACAUCUAAAAAUCUUGAUGAACCCAAUAAGGAUGACUGGAUACCACUUCACGAGUGUGCAUACUAUGGCCAUGUUGAGUGCCUUAAGAUUUUGCUUGAAGCCAGGCCAGAUACAAUCAACAAACGAACAAAAAAUAAUCAAACACCACUUCUUCUGGCUGUAAGUCAAAAACACCUUUCUUGUGUCAAACACCUUUUGGAGGAAGGUGCCGAUCCCAACCUUGCAAAUAACCAGUUCGAGACACCGCUGCACAAAGCAUGUGAAAAAGCAAGUGAAGAGAUCGUGGAACUUCUUUUGAGGUUUGGAGCUUCACCAUCCAAAGUCUGUUGUCAAGGUGGGACUCCACUACAUGAAGCAGUGAGAAACAAAAACUUAGAGAUUUGUAAGAUGUUGCUGCUAGCAGGGGCAAAACUCUCCACCAGAAAUAUUUAUGGCAUUGACCCUGUGUUUGUGGCUGCUCAGUGUGGCGCUUUUAAGGAGCUUAACUUCCUAAUUGUAAAAGGAGGUAAUGUCAAUACUGAGGCAAAUGAUAAUGCCUCAGCCUUGUAUGAGGCUUCUAAGAAUGGUCAUGUUGAAGCUGUUGAGAUCCUCCUGUCAAGAAAAGCAGAUCUUAACAAAGCUAACAAGACUGGAUUACUUCCCAUUCACAUUGCUGCAAAGAAUGGUCAUGACAGCAUUGUUGUCAUGCUAAUCCCUCAAACGAAUAGGGAAAAAGUAAGACGUUCUGGCAUUAGUCCUAUCCAUCUAGCUUCAGAACGUAACAGAGAUGAUGUUCUAGAAACCUUGAUUGAGGCUGGAUUUGAUGUCAACGCCACACUAUCAGAUGAUUGGUCAAAGAUGUAUGAAGAUCGUCGCAGCACAGCUCUGUACUCAGCUGUGGUAAAUAGAAACACUGAAGCAGCUACCAUGUUAUUAGAGGCCGGUGCUGACCCAAAUCUUGACAUUUUCAACCCCCUGCUAAUGGCUGUGAGGAAAGGAAGUAUGGAAAUUGUGACAUUACUGGUUAAGCAUGGUGCAAAUAUCAAUGCCCUGCUUCCAACUCAUCCCACCAGCUUUCCAGCAGUUUUGGUUUUCUGUGUGAGGCACUUGGCAAUGAUGAAGUAUCUAAUGGACAAUGGCUGUGAUGCACUAUCAUGUUUUAGCUGUCAAUACGGCAGUAAUCCUCAUCCCCCCUUAAAAUUGAGAGGAAAUGGAAGAGAAUCAAUGUAUUACUUAAAUGAUGAACCAUCAGACUACUGUGUGCAGUUUUGUGAGAUAAUCUCUGAUCCCUCUGUCAGUGACUGGGUGGGGCCCAUCAUAGACAUGUUACUUGACUAUGUGGGUAAUGUUAAACUCUGCUCAAGAAUAAGGGAACACCUGGAUAACAACAAUGAUUGGGCACAUAUUAAAGAAAAGUCAUUUCUUCCUUGUACCUUGAUGCAUCUGUGCAGACUCAAGAUUCGUCAACGAAUGGAACUCCAAAGACUGAGACUAGUUAAUGCUCUUCCUAGGAGACUAAUCAAGUUUUUGAGUUAUGAACAAGAAUAAUUCAAAGAUAUCCUGUGAUGA